AUGGAUAGCACGUACACCAGCCUGGUGUCAACACUCGGUAUACGUCUUGAUGACAUACUGGAUGAUGCUCCAAUCAAAUAUCAUUCUGAAAAUGUGAAUUCUCGACCAUACUUCACACGGUCCACUGUAGCCCCAGGUUCCGUCGGAACAAAUAGGCCCAUUCGGUUAGCCUCUGGCAGAACCCGUUGUGCAAAUUCUUCUCUGGAACGUGGUAAUCUUCCGGGUGCUGAUAACCCGGGUGCUGAUAACCCGGUUGGUCAGAACACGAUUGCUCACAUCGAGUCCAGUCCAGAGUCCGUAGUCAAAGGCAAGAUCACGGAUGUCUGUGCGGACCAGGACAUUCUGAAGUUGCAGGAGUUGCUGCGUGUAGCUACCAUCAACGGCGAAGAAGGUUUGUACGACUACAUCUUUGUUGGAAUAAUCUCUCAGCAUUUGGAUACGGUCGAUACCUUGUUGUCAAACCUUGCAGAAGACUACAGUCUGCGGUCGUGGUCGAUAUUUUAUGAUCUGAGAGACUGUCAAAGCGCUUUUCUGAAGGAAGGCGGCUUCCUGAAUGAAGAGACCCCGUGUUCUGAAGCAGCGAAUUUGAGCAGCGAAUCUGAGCAGCACGAUAAAAUCGUGUGUGCGAAAGAACACGAUGUUCGUUCACGAUUGAUUCUAGUAGGCCCUUUGGUAACAAUAGACUGUUUGUACAAUACCAUUCCAUUGCAUAUUAUAACAAAUUCCCAGGUGUUCGCAUACAUCCCAUCAUCCGGACAAGCAAGGGGACAAAGCCUAGUUCGAGGAGUGGAUGCUGAUUCUAACGUGGUAUGGGAAGGAAAGUUGUUGGCAAUGUUUCAUGAAGACAGCCUGGCCGGAAAGGCUUUACACAUCAUAAACCUUUCAAAGCAUGCAAAACGGAUCCGUCUUGUGAUGUGCUUGGCAUGCUGGCUGUGCCAUGAGCGCAAGCUAUCGUACAAGUGUCGCGCGUCUGAAGGGCGUGAUGAAUGCCGGGGUCCAGAAUGUCCAUCGUUCAAGUGUCAAGUUGGGAAAGCAUUCCUGACCAUUCUGGGGCUUGAAAUACAAGGUCUAAAUAAGGUGGAGCUACCUACCGAUCGACGUCAUUGGCUGGCAGAUAUAAUAACUCCUUUAAUUGGAUUCAGGAAUGUGCGACAAUGUGUGACAGCGAACAUGAUGCCUAAGAGUGCUACGGUCGAGGAUAUGAGGCCUGACGUAUUGUUUGACAACAUCCGACCUGACAACAUCCAGACUGGUGCUGAUAUGGGAGACGACGUUGCCGGCUUACCGUCGGCGGGCACUCUGUUGGUUAGGUUGAAAAAUGAACUGGAAUGUUUUCUAGGUAGUGAUGUAGAAAUACUAAGGCUGGAUGGAGUUCGCUUUAGGUGUAAAGAUCAGUAUAUAAUCACCAACUUAAAUUUGGAUUCCUUUCCGGAAAUUGUGGCUCAUGAUGUGCGUAAACGUAUACUGAUGUGUAUCGCACGAUCACGACACUCAGGAUACUGGCAGUAUGCGAUCUCAAAGGAUCUGGAUCUUGAUCCGAAAACUAUAUUCCAACAUCUCAAACCAUUUUACAGGCUCAGGAUGAUUAAGAGACUAGGGUUAGUACUCCCAGCAUCUUUGAAAUCUCACAUAAAUAUACCUUUGUCUAAGGACCAAUUGGAGGAUGACGUUACAUCUCCCAAUGACGACAAAUCUAUUGGUACUCCGGUCACGGAAACUGUAACAGAAGGUGGUGGUGGCAAUACAGAAACUGGUGGUGGUGGCAAUACAGAUGGUGGCAGUUCUGUUGCGCGCUCCCGGGCAAGGAGAGGUUUCUCUUUGAUGACGAGCAACAAGGGUCAGCUGUCGGCAUCCGGAGUAGUUUGGUGUAAUCGUUUCUUCGAUUACAACCACAUUAGUUCUGACCUGUUGCGAGUGCACAUCACACAGAAGAUUGAGCCUUUUAAAGAGGCGGCGGUAGCCUUGUUAUCCGGUCUGGAGAAUAAUAUUUUAUUGGAAAGAGACUUCAAGUUGUACUUUGUCGAUUACUUCACAGACUACCACCAAAGUGAUAAUUUGCUUUGUAGCGAAAAGACGCUAAGUCGUUUCUACCUAAGAGUUCGCAAAGAGCUGCUCCUGAACGGCCUGCUAAAGCGGGUCCGAGCCUGGUGUGCCAGCACUGCCCGUCUAGAAACAUGCGUCAUCUUGGCCACCUCUCCCGCCUUCCUUUCCGUCAGUUCUGCCGACUUGUCGGCGGGACUCGCUGGAGACGCUGAUGAGGACAACCCCGAUAUCCACAUCACAGUCGACACAGGUGUGCCGGGCAUCGGUGGUGGCGGAAGUGAUGCAGCACGCGGUAACAGAGUCGACGACUUGGAAGAAGAGGGCGAGGAAGAGGAUGGCUAUGCUGUAGUAGACCGGCCGCGUCUUGGUCAGAGCGUCGCCUACGCCAUUUUUGGACUGCUCCGAGUGGUUGGCGGGACCGGUAUCGUGUCCCCGGGAGUAGCGCGGUACAUGAACUCGACGACGAAAAAACUGUCUAAGAUUCUCUCGGUUUUGGAGGCAGGAGGCUUUGCUGAUAAGAGAGCACAACGGUCCGGCAAGUACUUCAUGUAUAGAUAUUAUGUACAGGGUCUGUAUGACAUGGUUCAGUCUACGGAGAUGGUUUCCUCAUCGAUUUUGACAAGUUCGGGUGUGAUAUCUGAAGGGCGUCAAGACGGGCGUGCGGCCGCGCGUAAGAUCAUGACUGACCAGUUCACUAUUCGGCUGGACCAGUUCCAGUUGUGGAUCGAGCAGUUCGGUGUGGCGAUGAUUCCUGAGAUAUGCAAGCGCUAUGCAGAGGUGGAGGGCACGGCCAAUGGACCUGACCGGAAGACCAUCAUGAGGAUAGCGAGGGUGGCGAUGGAGAAGUGGCCCAACCUGAAGAGGGGUGUCCUCAGCUCGAAAGGGCAAGAGAUGCUCUUUUUUUACGAUACGAGUCAAUACAUCAGCGAAAUGGAGGCCGCGACACAAGUCAAGGGAGCACUUACGGAGCGACGAAGCGAGACCUGCCGCGAAGCAAUGCGACGGAACGCCGUUAUAAGCCGUGCGUUGCGAGAUCAGAACGACGUAAUCUCGGGCGAGGUUGUCAGUCAGCUUGAAGCUGAAAACUUACAAAUUGAAAAAUGGUCAAGAAGCUCCAAUCCCGUUCAUCGGUACGCUAACAAGAAUCUCUACUUGGGUGAGCUGGUCGUGGAACCGCGGAGCCACGAGUCCCGAGGCAGACAUGACCAACGCUUGUUGUCCCAUUACGGUUUCAUCUUUCCCGUCAUGAGCCGUCUUAAAGUCUUUUACGACUAUUUGAUAGACCUUAGGAAACUGUUGUUUCCUCAAGCCACAGUCCACGAACGGGUGCAUAUCUCCACCAAGGUCAUCGUCGAUCGCAUGACUCUAGACACCUUCCUUCGACUUAUCGGAUACGGCCGUAGGGAGUCUUUUGUAGAGGCCUACCUCCACGGUGCCACUCCUCGCUGUCCGAACCGAGUGUUGGAACAAGACCAAAAUAGUUCCAUCAAAAUGAUGGACCUACCGCCCGAUGUCUAUGAUCGACUUGUCGGCGUCAAAACGUCGAUGCGCUCCAGCAUGUCCCUAGCCAUGAGAACCGUACAUAAGAUGCUAUCCAAACUAAAGCCGAUCGGAGCGACUGUUUGGGUAUCCCUCAAGCCGGCUGGUAACAUGGCUGGUAACAUGGCGGGUAACAUGGCAGGUAACAUGGCAGGUAACAUGGCGGGUAACAUGGCGGGUAACAUGGUCGCCUUGGGAGAUAGAACAAGCAACCUUACGGAACGGAAACCGGCAGGUCAGACGCACGAUCUGACGCCGAGUGAGGCUGCCGGGAACGAAGCUGUAUCGAUGGUACCCGAGGCCAGCUCUGAAGUUCCUGAUCUGGCUAUGCAGGUGGAUGGGGGCGACAGUUUGGGUAAUGCUCCGGACACCGAGUCGGAGAUGGCAGAGGAUGACGAGGAAGAAGUGGAUGACGAGGAAGAAGAGGACAUAAUGCAGAGGGCGACAUCGGGUCGGUGGUUGCUUUCGGUAUGUUUGACUCAAAUUUCAUUCCGACCUGGUUUGUCGACGCCGCCGCAGCAGUUCGAUAUGACAGAGCCGGAGCAGAAUCAGCAGUUCUGGCAGAGUUUGCGACUGGAGGCAGAGUGGUGGGCGCGCAAAUAUGGGAAGGCGGUAUUGUUGGACGAGCAUGGUUUGCGGCGGCGGACACGACGGCGAGUGUAUUGCGACAGUUGUCCAGUGGGUUUCCCUUUGUUGGAGGCUUUUACGAAGAAGAAUUGGAAGGAGCAGGUGUAUGUGACGAUGGGUAUGCGGCAGGUGUUGGAUGCACUGGCCCAGCAGAUUGCGACGCAGGCAGAGAGUGUUGCGGUUGGUACGUUUACGGUGUUGAAUCCGCAGUCACCGGAGGUAUUGAAGGUGUCCAGUCAGUUGCAGAUCCCUACGGAUGAGGUGAUCAAAUAUUUGACAGGAUACUUUGCUACGUCGGGUAGUUCGAAACUGGCGUCGCUGACGGGAGGCGCGGCAUCGAAUCUGACUAUCCAUCAAUCGCGCGAUCUUAAAUACCGCUGCCAUCUAUGCGGGAUGAUGUACGCCCAACGGCCAUCAGUCGUAAACCAUUAUCAAAAAACCCAUGGCUGUCGACCGCCCACGGACGAACGCGUGUGGGUCUUUGCGGAAGAGCUAUUGCGCCGUAAGCGCGAACGUGGAACGAACGUCGAUGCUGUACGACGGAAGCGACGCCGGAAACACUUUGGCGUGCAUGAAGACGAUAUGAUACCCGUCGAGGGUCGCCAGCGCGACGUAGCUCGUUUGCUAUCGUGUGUCCGCACCGACGAGAACGCGGGCAGUACGCUGCCAUUGCAGCGUGUCGGAUGGUGGGCGCAUGCCGUAGACCCACGUUCGGAGCAUGACGUGCUGGCGUUGAGCAAGGGCUUAUCGCUUGCGGUGAACGCACGAGAGUUGAGCUCGGUUGCCGAGCUUAGUGUCAUGUCGGACAGUGAAGACGCUGCCAAGACGUUGCAGAAUCUUGGCGGCGAAGCGCGAGAGCUACUGGCUUACUACAAACUGACACAGGCUGAGCGCAAGAGCAUGAAGCGAUUCAUCCAAAGUGCGCGCCGUGACGACGAGUACGGCCUCAUCGCCUUCCUUGCCGUGUGCGAACGUCUCCGAUCGGCACAGGAAAAGGACGUAGACAUCCUCCCCGGCGAGGCGGCUUUUGGCGACCCGCUCUGGCCUAUUUUCUCAGCCGUCUACGGCGACCAAGUCCUCCCGCCGGCGGCGGCUUACUUCGUACUCACCUACUGUUUGAACCGAUACGCUAGCACGCUCAACAUCCGCAUCCUGCACUCCUACCGCCGUCUUCCCGCCCGGGCACUGCAGGAGGCGGCACUCUCCUACGCGCUGCCGCUCAAGGCCGAGGUCCGGCCCUUCGGCCUCACCGAGUUUCCAGUCGUUAGUUCGGAGUAUUUGCGCCCGGUGCUCUUCGGUCGCAAUUUGCUGAAGGCUGUGCUCCUCACCCCGCCCUCCCGCCACCGGCCGUGGUGGACCAACAUGCAGAGCGUUGCGGAGCUCGACAUCGAAAGCGUCUGGCACCAAUGGAAUGCCAACGGCUUCGUCGUAACCAGCAAACGAUCCUUUGGCAAGGAACAUGACCACUACCUCAGCUACUGGGACGUCCUAGCACGCCGCAGACACUCCGUCAGUCGCGGCUCACAGUACCUUCUCUACUCACGAAUGCGCGACUGGAAACUACUCUUUGCUCUCUGCAGCGGACUCCGGACAUUACCCGCCGUUGCACAGGAUCUGAGUGGAGAUAGUUGCGCACUACAGUCUUCCGGACUAACUCCCGGUGGUGCGGCUGCCGCUAUCGAAGCUAUGGCGCUCGGUAUCAUCGAGAUUGGAAGCGAGUGGGAACCUGUACCCACGGGCUCACUGUACCCUACACAGCGCGAUUUGUUUUCUGGCGUCUCUGACGGUGUUGAGCUCAGCAUCGACCAAGACAGCUUCAAAGCCUACGUCGAAAAGAGCCUUCAUGACGCACUUUCGUCACCCGAAAAUCUCCAAGUCAAAACUGAACGUCUCCUGCACACGCGUGCGGACACUGAAGAGGAUUCGGACGACGACUCAGACGACGACUCAGAUGACGACUCCGAGGAACUUGAAGACGUCAUGUUCGGCGAUGAAGACUUGCUAGGCACCCGCGGACGGAAUGGCGGCGUCCAACGCCAUAUUCUUGAACAGACGGCAGACUCCGUUGAUCUAACGGACCCGUUUUGGUCGGCGAACGUUAGUUCGGCUGCACUGGCACUGGUGCCACGGCAUUGCACACUUCUCGCGGUUGAAAUCAAUCCGGAUACCAGUUUAUGCGGACUGACUCAGAGCGCUGGAGUUAGUGUGGAGGCAGCGAGUGUGGAGACCUGGUUACUGCCGCCCACCGUCUGGGCCAGGUCCGCCAUGGAAAGCAAGCCCGGAUUGCAGACUCUUCUUGCAGCGGAAAAAACACUCGAGUUUCUUGACGACCCCUAUAAUGGUUGGGACUUGCAAUCUAGACAAAGCAAGCAUAACGCCAGCUCCUCCGCGGCCAGCCGUGGUCGCAAGCGCACUCUGCGAAGUAUUCCAUUGGAGACUCGUGACGAAACUGAAGAUAGUUAUCACAGCGUCAAGGGUAGCCCGCUCACUCAAAUCUCUAUCGAACGAUUUCUCGAAGCUUGUUUGCACUUGACCGGACCACAUGACCCCCUGUACGAAGACCUGCAUAGGACACUUCAUCUCGAACCAGGUCUCGUCACUUGCAUCGUCGAAGUCCAUUACCAAGUUGUCAAUGGUGGACGACAGGGUGUCUGGUUUAGAGACUUGGUGAAGAACAGCACUCUCGAGCCCUCCGUGACAUUCGAAGAGCUGUUCGCAACCCGGACCGGCGUUGGUAGUAAUCUCAGACCGGACUACUUCGACGCUGGGCAGGUCGCGGAUAGCGGGCAGGUCGCGGAUAGCGUGCAGGUCGCGGAUAGCGUGCAGGUCGCGGAUAGUUUGGAUGAUGAGGACCUGAAGUGUGAUAAGCGGCUACAUGUGGUGCGUCGAAUCGUCGAGAUUGCUGUCGAUUUCCUGAGGACUAUCCGAGCCAUUACUCUACACGCAACGCCAGUGGACUGGCUGAUUUUAGUCCCGCAGUUUGGUAAGACCUUUUCUAUUCCUUUAAAGCUAUGGUAUCGGAAAACCGGCCAUGAGCAAUCAAUAAAGGAGUCAGACUGGGUAAAGUGGAUAAACUCUGAUGGACAAUAUCCAGAUACUAUGGAGGCUGAAAAUCGCGUGGGAAAGAUGCUAGGCGUAAAGCUAUCGGACUCCUUACUAAGACACACUUCUAUACCCCGACGAAUGUGGCGAUGCUACGGCCCCACUCCGGGUACACUGAAGCACAUUGGUGCACUGUACGGCGGGCAGACGCUGCAAGUUGAUGACCGCCGGGUAUUGAGCACAGUCUUCGCUGCCGACCUUAAAAGGGAAGGGGCGCUACGACGAAGCCAAAAGUUGUUUGCCGACCUCCGUGCAUCCUGCCAAGAUAUGGUCGACGCCAAGGACCAGUUCCUAUUCAAGUCCACAGACUUCCUCUCCACUCGUGUCCAACCUGGCUCCUUCUGGGUCCGCGAAGAUGGCCGCAUGCUGGACUGCGCUUUGGCCUGCGUAGCGACUCGGCUUUACUGGGUGUGUCGACACACCCCUAACAUGUCUUUCGCUGAGCUCCAGAGGCAGGUAGCCCAUAUCGACCGCCCAGAGCUUAAGGAACUAGUGGAUGCGCUCGUGGAAGAAAACAUCCUCUUAUGUUCCAUGUCCGUAACGAAUGGCGAACACGCGUUCGAAACUCUAAGCAGUUCCCGACACCGCACGGAACAAGAGGAGCUCGACAUCGACUGCCCGUGGCCAGCCGUCGACCCGGCCGUCGACCCAGCCGUCGACCCGGCCGCCGACCCGGCCGUCGACCCGGCCGCCGACCCGGCCGCCGACCCGGCCGUCGACCCGGCCGUCGACCCGGCCGUCGACGGUAUCCCAAAACGACGGAGUAGGAGGAGACUAGUCGCAAUAUAUAACGCCAACACGAGCGCUUUACUCUCCCCUAGUUUUUUUGACCAUUAA